ACAUGAUUUAGAGAACUAUUUUUAACCUCUAACCACGUUUUGUUUCUCGUGCGAGCACAUGUUUGCUCUCAAAAUGAAUGCAAAGCAAGAUUGAAGAACUAUACUAAACCUUUAUUGAAAUUAAAUUUAAUAAAUAUUUGAAAAGAAAUCUGAUUCAAAUUGAAGUCAAAUUUUCUCCCUAUCGAACGAGAAUGGGUUCGGCCCCAUCACCAAAUCCCUCACUGCUUCCUGAGAUCGGACCCGACGGCCUCUCUCGUGAAGCCCCUGUCAUUGCCUACACUGAGAAGAUAAUUGAGGCAGAGCAACUUCAAUUGAGGAAAUACAUUGAUGAAAAUUACUCUAAAAUUCGCGAUGUUGAACGAGAGCUUGCGAGUCUUAAUAUGGAAUUGAAACUUACAGCUGGGCCAAAGAAAGCAGCACUUGAACAUUUAAGAAAGAAAAUAGAGAUAUCCACUGAGAAAAUUCGUUUGGCCAAAGUGAAGGAAGAGGAAGCACGGAAGACGUGGGAAGCAGCAUCGAAGGUGGUGAAGGACGAGGAAGAAGCUAAGCAAAAGCUUUGUGAAGACUUAAACCAGCUGGUUCAAGAAAGUAGCCAAACUCAGUUUGCUAGGCUGGAAGAGUUAAAGAGAAGAUUAGAAGCAUUGAAUCCUGGUAGAGCAUCAUCAGCUGCAGUUUCUCAUGAUGGGGUCUCAACAGGGCCUCCUCCGACUAUCAUUGCAACAGAUGCUUCCUCAGCUACUAAUUCAACCGAAGCAGGGGGUGGGGGCAGAAAAAACAUCACUAAUGAAGGAAAUUCUGGAAACACUCAAGCUGUGAAUGGGAUCAAUCAACACAUUUCCGCUGAGGGAGAAGGAAGAGGAAGGAAGAAGAAUCAGUUUCAAGGAAAAGGAAGAGGACUUGGGGCUGUGCCCAAAGGUAAAGGGCCACCUGCUCCAGGUUGGACCGGCGCUGGUUUUGACGUUGAUGGUAGAACUUAAAAGUAAAUGUGUACCAAUUCAGAUUAGUUAUUGAAGCCGCUGAACCAGAAUGGUUUUGCCUUAAUCACUGUACACAAGUUCGGUUAAUGUGCUCCUUUACCCAUUGUUUUCCUUGUAUUUUUUGUUUACUAUUUGCCUAAAUGCCCGUAGCAUGUUCAUACGAGUGAGAUGGGAAUUUUUUUUAACUAAUUGUUAUCUAGCCGUGAUCAUGAACUUUUUACAUACUAAUUACUUUGUUUCAUUUUGAUGAAAACAACUUUUUAUUUUAUUUUAUAUGUACAAAUUUUCAAACCAUAUGAAGAAAAAAGUUCAUCAUCAA